AGCAAUCGAUCAGAGCCGAGCUCGAUCAAAGUCCAGUACGGUUUUAUUCCCCCCUCUUGUUUCGGCCCCAGUCGCCGGUAUUUCAAAGCAGGAUGGGCACCGACUUGACUUUCUCUUCUCGUCGGUCUCCUGUGGUGUGUUUACACGGCUGUGUGGCCUCCAGCCAACCGUUAGCUUCCAGUAUAGGUGUGGAUGUCCUGAAGCGUGGUGGCAAUGCGGCGGAUGCAGCAGUUGCCAUAGCAGCAGCCCUGGCAGUAACAGAGCCGUGCAGCACUGGCCCCGGUGGAGACGCGUUCUGUUUGUUCUACAGUGGAAACACUGGCGAGAUCAGAGGGAUUAACGGCAGUGGUCGUUCACCCCGAGCUCUGACCCUGGACUUCCUGGAAGGACGUGGUUACUCUGCAGAGGCCCCUCCUUCAGCAUUUGAUGCUCUGAAUGUUACAGUCCCCGGAGCCCCAGCAUGUUGGUGUGAUACUGUGCAGCUGUUUGGAAGUCACAAGCUGUCCUUGCUGGAGGUCCUGAGUGGGGCGGUGGAGCUAGCAGAUGUUGGAUUUCCGGUGGCCGAGGUAACAGCUCACCACUGGGCGAAGUGGGAGGCUUCUUUGAAGGAUGCUGGAAAGGAACUGGCUGGAGAAUUGAUGAUUGACGGCCAUGCGCCCAAAUGUGGACAAGUGUUCAAAAACUCUGGCCUGGCUCAAACUCUGAAGGAGCUUGGUGAGGGUGGCAAACCAGCUUUCUACCAGGGCAGAGUGGCCCAAGCCAUUGUUGACGUCAUCAGCCAAAAUGGGGGAGUCAUGACCUUGGAUGACCUGAGCAGCCAUGACAGCGAAGUCAUCACCCCCAUAAGCACAGAGUACAAGGGUGUGCGUCUAUGGGAGCUUCCUCCUAACAGUCAGGGACUGGCUGCCCUGCUCCUACUUAACAUCCUGGAGAACUUUCCUCAACUCAGAGCUGUAGGCCACAAUAGCGCUGACUAUAUCCAUGUACUAGUGGAGGCUGUGCGAUUGGCACUAACAGAUGCCCUGCAUUACCUGGGCGACCCAGCCCAUGUGACGAUCCCUUUGGAAACCUUACUGGACAAGGACUACGGUCAUCAGCGAGCACAGCUCAUCAGCAUGAACAAGGCCAUGGAGCAAGUGGAGCCUGGCCUGAUGACAGGAAGUGACACGGUGUAUUUCUGUGUGAUAGACACUCAGGGGAACGCGUGCUCCUUCAUCAACAGCAACUAUAUGGGCUUUGGGACGGGGCUGGUCCCUAAGGACUGUGGAUUCUCACUACAGAAUCGCGGCGCUAACUUUUCUCUGUGCCGUAAUCACAUUAACUGUGUUGCUGGAAGGAAGCGGCCAUAUCACACCAUCAUACCUGCGCUCCUCACCGAUUCAGCAACCACAUCGCAAAAACCUCAGCUCCUCGCUGCUCUCGGGGUGAUGGGAGCUUUUAUGCAACCACAAGGACACGUUCAGGUGCUGUUGAACAUGAUGGAGUUUGGAAUGAAUCCUCAACAAGCCCUGGAUGCACCUAGGAUCUAUGCAGAGUAUGACCACAAAACUGGUCAGUGGAUGGUUAACUUGGAGGAGGGGAUUGACCAGAAGGUAGCCGAGGAGCUGAAAAGACGAGGCCACAGUGUCAACUGGCCAGUCACUGGCCACAAGAGGUCUCAGUUCGGGCGUGGACAGAUCAUCACAGUGGGGGACUGGUGGAAUCCGUGUGUCCCCCAGAUACAUCAUCCGUCCAGGGUGCUGUGGGCAGGAUCAGACCCCAGAGGAGACGGAUGUGCUCAGGGGUAUUAGAAAAUGCUGUUAAUGUUGUGAUCAUAAAAUUUAAUUAUAGAACAACUUGAAGAGAAAUGCCUACAAAUGAUGUGCAGAGCACAGGUUUAGCUGAUAUCUAUCAGUUAAUAUUUGACAGUCAGGUUUAUAACUCAUGCAAAGCCCAUUGUCUUAAAAACUACAUCACACCUUCAGGAAGUGCUUUAUGUUAUUAUGUUUUUAUACCUGUGUUAAUUAGAUUCUCUGUUAAUGUAUGUUUGCUGGAUGUAUACAGAAGAAACAGAACGGUGCAUCAGUUUAGUAUAAACCACCACAGCCUAAGAUAAUUCACUGUGUGAAAAGUGACAAACAGGAAGAGCUAUCUCCGUACUACGAUGAUGCCAAAGACGUCCUUCCUCUGUAACUCUGUGUUUUGGCGGAGAUGAUUAUCUGUUGCAGUCUCUUUAAUUAGUUGGUGCUGAUUUAGAGUUUGCUAGAAAUGCAGUUUUAUUCCAUAUGCAACCCUCCUUACUCAGCAAGUGCUUCCAUUUCCGCUCUGCUCCAAAUUAUGUACCUCAGUGCUUGCUGCCUAGGAUCACCACUAAAAAAUUAUUUUGCACAAUUUUUUAUGUGUAUUUUUUCUGUUAAUGUUAACAUGAAACCAAUUAAAAGAGCUCCAUUUCUGAUUUUCUGUUUGCAGUAACUUCCAAAGACAUUUAGAUGUGCAUUUAUGUAAAGUUGCUGUUUGGAUCUUCUGUCCUAAUCUGUAGACGUUUCUGAAUUGCUUGCAGCUCUAGCCCCUGAUGUCAGUGUAAAACGACAAUACAGAACAAUGUGGUGUUUUUGCAAAUUGUGCUUUUUUCACUAUUAUAGGAGACAUCUUCUUAUUUUAAAAUCUGCUCUAGCAGAGUUUAACCUCCAUACUUUUAACAAAAGUAUGCAAAAACCACGUAACAAAAUACAACUUCCUGUUCUCCUAAUGAAGAUGUUACCUUGUAGCAAUCAGCUGGACUGAACUAGAGAAAGAUGUUUCAAAGAGGGCUUUCAUGUGCAGAUGC